AUGGGAGGCGGAGGCUGCUGGUGGUGGGGUCGGGCUGCUUGCCUGGCCCGGCGCCCCGGCUUCCGGGGGGCGCUGCUGCUAGCGGCCCCGAGGCGCGGCCGGGCUGGCCGGGGCUCUUUCAGCCCCGGGCCCGGGAGCCGCGCUGCGGCUUCGCGGCCCCCAGUGUCUGACCUGGACCGUGCGGACGCCUGGCUCCUCCGGAAGGCGCAUGAGACGGCCUUCCUCUCCUGGUUCCGAAAUGGCCUCUUGGCCUCGGGCAUUGGAGUCAUCUCCUUCAUGCAGGGCGACAUGGGCCGGGAAGCGGCUUACGGGUUCUUCCUCCUGGGCGGCCUGUGCGUGUUCUACGGUGGCGCCUCCUACGUGGCGGGCCUCGCCUCGCUGCGGCGGCCCAUGAUGCUGUCCCUGGGCGGGGCGCUGCUCGGAGGCGCGGCCGUAGCCUCCGCGGGCCUGCUCUGGGCCUGCGCAGUGGGCCUCUACCUGGGCCAGCUGGAGCUGGAGCUGGAGGGCCAGGAGCCCGAGCCGGGGCUGGAGCCCGAAGACGCCGACGACGAGGAACCGCGCGGCCCCCCGCGGGGCCAGGCCAAGUGAGGGAGCAGCACCUCGCCUAGGGGCUCUGCCUGGUGCUUCGGGGCGGGGAAAGAGGCUCGGGGCAUCCCACCCCCCCAUCUGUGCCCCAGUCCUCCCCGCCCCCUCCCCACCCCCUAACUGCCAGGCAGGGUGCCCCUACUCCCAGCCUGAUCCCUCAAUUCCCCCGGGGGCCCUGGGCCAGCCUGAAUUUCUCUAGGAUCCCAGACCCAGGACUGGAGGAGACCCCAAAAACCAUCCUGCGUGCCUCCCCUCCCCCCCCCCCAUCGAGAGAGGGCGGCUGAGGACUUAGGGACUUGUGUGCAGGGGAUCUGAAUCCAGGACCUCCUGCAAACCUGGCACUUUUCCCUCUGCUAUUUCCCAGACUGUCCCAGCCCCCCCCCUGACCCUCCCCUCCUCUGGGCCUCAGUUUCUCUAUCUCACAAAUGAAGGGUAUGGAUGAAA